AUGCGAAGCAAUGACACCUCGCAAAUUGACGUCUCUCCAAUAGGCGUACUUUUUCCAAUCGCAGCCGAAUCCGAACCUCAUCGUGCUGUGCUGCGUCUAUAUAGCAAUAUCACUGAAGCCACCAUAAGCACCGAUAAAGACAAGCUUUUCGGCAGCAAUACCUUUAUUUGCGAAGAUAUCAUCACAUGUACCACCGAUAUACCUUCGUAUUAUUCAAUAUUGGACUUGCUCAACUUUGUGUGUCCAGUCGAUAUCUUCGUGAAACACUAUUGGAUCAUACGCGAUCAGAGUUCUACCACUUGUACGUUGCUUAUGAAGUUUCGCAAUUUGGAAGCUGCUCGUGAAUACUAUUGGCAAUAUAGUAAUCGUCCGUUUACUUCUAUGGAGCCUGAUGUUUGCCAAGUCCUAUUUAUCGACUCAAUAGAAGCUAAUACUGGUUUUUCGGCCCCUUACUCGAUUCCUUUUCUGCCAACCCCGCAAUACGACGAGGAUACAGCGCCAACUUGCCCAGUUUGUUUAGAGGCCAUGGACGAACGUAUCAGCAGUCUGCUGACCAUUCUUUGCCAACAUACAUUUCAUUACUAUUGCCUUUCAAAAUGGGGUGAUGGAAGUUGUCCAGUAUGCCGAUAUUCGCAAAUCUCUACAGCCCGUGCUCCUUCUAUGCCUUCUACUGACCAGCGUAGCUCACUUGCGUCAGACCUUACUCGCUGUGCUGAUUGUGGCUCUCCGCAAUCUCUAUGGAUCUGCUUGAUAUGUGGGCAUGCAGGAUGCAAAGAUGAUGGCUUAAACCACGCCUUACUUCAUUAUAAGGAUACAAGUCAUCCAUAUGCACUAGAAAUAGAGACGCAACGUGUUUGGGACUAUGUCGGUGAUGGCUAUGUCCAUAGGUUAAUACAGAACAUGGUGGAUGGAAAGAUCGUUGAGCUCUCAAAUAGUGAUGAAGAUACAAUCCCCGAAGAUAAGAUGGAGAGCUUAUCUUUGGAAUUUUCAUCCUUGUUAACAACAAAACUCGAUUCGCAGCGCAUAUAUUAUGAAGAUUUAUUGGACAGGCUGACCACUCAACUUUCUGUACAUUCUAACCAGGUGAAAAGUUUAUUGAAGGAGUUUCAUGCAAGCAAAUGCAUGAAUGAGAAUAUCAUAACUCGUAACUGCGAGAAAUCCGAACGUGCAAGAAAGGCAGUUGCUCAGAAGAAUACAUUGGAGCAUCAAACGGAGCAAUAUGCUAUCAGCAAUGAAUCUCAAAAGCUUGAUUUGACAGCAGAAAAAAAGUUAACAACUGAACUACUAUCGGAGAGUCAGACACUACGAAGCAAGCUACUUGAAAAAAAGAAUGCUGCCAGGGAACUUUGUGAUCAAAUCCGCGAUCUUACGUUUUUCCUCGAAGCACGAGACAAAGUACAAAAGCAGCCAGAACUAAAAGGAGGCGAUAUUGGCACCAACUGUCAUAAUGGGUAG